GUUUGUUGCCUUGUAGACAAAUCAGUGGACUAACGUUUCACGUGAUAUUUUUUUUAUCGCUAUUUGCCAUUUUACUAACCCCACAAGUGCCUGUGUUGUAAUAUAUUUAAGAAAACGUUCUAAAAUGAGAGAGUGCAUUUCGGUUCACAUUGGGCAGGCUGGAGUCCAAAUCGGAAAUGCCUGCUGGGAGUUGUAUUGCCUUGAGCAUGGAAUUCAACCGGACGGACAAUUGCCAUCCGAUAAAACCAUCGGUGCUGGUGAUGAUUCGUGUAAUACGUUUUUCAGCGAAACUGGUUCGGGCAAACAUGUUCCACGUGCGGUUUUCGUCGAUUUGGAACCCACAGUAGUUGAUGAGGUUCGCACUGGAACCUAUCGACAGUUGUUUCAUCCCGAACAGCUAAUCACUGGAAAGGAGGAUGCUGCGAAUAAUUAUGCUCGAGGACAUUACACUAUCGGAAAGGAAAUCGUUGAUUUGGUUUUGGAUCGCAUCAGAAAACUUGCUGACCAAUGUACCGGGCUGCAAGGAUUUCUAGUUUUCCACUCCUUUGGUGGAGGUACUGGAAGUGGUUUCACUUCGCUUCUCAUGGAGCGUCUAUCGGUCGACUAUGGAAAGAAAUCCAAGCUUGAAUUCUCCAUCUACCCUGCUCCUCAAGUCUCGACUGCUGUGGUGGAGCCAUAUAAUUCAAUUCUAACCACCCAUACCACCUUGGAACAUUCCGACUGCGCAUUCAUGGUCGAUAACGAGGCCAUCUACGAUAUUUGUCGCCGAAACUUGGAUAUUGAGCGACCCAGUUACACCAAUCUUAAUCGUUUGAUUGGCCAGAUAGUAUCCUCAAUUACCGCAUCGCUGCGAUUCGAUGGGGCCUUGAACGUUGACUUAACCGAGUUCCAAACUAAUCUUGUUCCAUAUCCCCGAAUUCAUUUCCCGCUCGCCACGUAUGCUCCAGUCAUUUCAGCUGAGAAAGCCUACCACGAACAAUUGACUGUAGCCGAAAUAACGAACGCUUGUUUUGAACCGGCAAAUCAGAUGGUCAAAUGUGAUCCACGUCAUGGUAAAUAUAUGGCCUGUUGCAUGCUGUACCGUGGUGAUGUUGUACCCAAAGAUGUCAAUGCUGCGAUCGCAACUAUCAAAACUAAACGUUCCAUUCAAUUCGUUGAUUGGUGUCCUACUGGUUUCAAGGUCGGUAUCAACUAUCAACCUCCAACGGUUGUUCCCGGUGGAGAUUUGGCCAAGGUUCAGAGAGCUGUAUGCAUGCUGUCGAACACUACUGCCAUUGCUGAGGCUUGGGCUCGCCUGGAUCACAAAUUUGAUUUGAUGUAUGCUAAGAGAGCAUUUGUACACUGGUAUGUCGGAGAGGGAAUGGAAGAAGGUGAAUUCUCAGAGGCUCGUGAAGAUUUAGCUGCCCUUGAAAAGGAUUACGAAGAAGUCGGAGUAGACUCUACAGAGGAGGUCGGAGAAGGUGACGAAUACUGAACAAAUUCCAACACAGCUGCACAAUCUGGCGAUGGAGAAUGUUUGUGUUAAACCAAUCCGAUUAUAAACCGAGUGUUCAGUCACCCACUGUUUAAAAAAUCAAUGCUUCGAAGAACCAGGAAACUGCCUACUUUUUACACAUUAUUUCACCAUGUUUCAAAAGAGACCAUCU